UGUGAGCUUCUGCAAUAUACUUCGUAGCUCAACUACCACAAUGGGCGUUGAAGACCAACAAGAAGAGAGGGAAGUCCUCGAGUCGAUCUUCCCCGAGGAAAUCGCAGAUGUUUCCGAGACAGAAUUCCGAAUCUCAAUAGCCCUCGAGAUCACGCGCGGCGAUGGAGACCCCAAAGACCUCCAAGCACCAACUAUAAUCCUCAACGUCCAAUACCCGCCCUCUUACCCUGACGAGGCGCCCCGCCUCGACAUAACCCAACCGCCCAAUGCACCCAAGCACCCCUACCUCGACAUCCAAGACGACAAGCAGCGCCUGCUGGACUCGCUGUCCGAGACGAUCGAAGAAAACCUCGGCAUGGCGAUGAUAUUCACACUCGUCAACGUCCUAAAAGACAGCGCAGAGCUCCUGAUCAGCGAACGGCAGAACGCAAAGCAAGCGCUCGCGGACAUGGAAGCCGCCAAGGCCGAAGAGGAAGAGAACAAGAAGUUCCAGGGCGAGGCUGUCACGCGGGAGAGUUUCAUACGGUGGCGCGAAGGGUUCGCCAAGGAGAUGGAGGAGAAGCGGAAGCGCGAGGAGGAGGAGAGAGAGGCCGAGGACAAGAAGAAGAAAGUGCCCAAGGAAGAGCGGAAACUCACGGGCAAGGAGUUGUGGCAGCAGGGCUUGGCCAAGGGCGGCGAUGAGGACGACGACGGGAUCGAUGUGCAGGCUAUGAAGGACUUGAAGGUGGCGGCGGAGUCGUAAGAGAUGGAGGGUUAGUAAGAAGCGUAUACCCAUUCGCGUAGAGCGUGGAGCGCUCGUGUACAUAUUCACACGUCACACUUCGGUAUCAAAAGGAAGUUAUGAAUCAUGGCUUGAUGACUCGUAUAGGCGCCUUCUUUCGCCCUCUGAUGACCUCCCGUCCCUCGUUCAACACAAACUCCGUCUCUGCAUCUACAAUGCUCUGCAUCUUCCGUAUGAGCGCCGCAUCCUUCACCAACUCAGCUUCAUAGAUAACCCCGUUCUGCCUUUCUGCCUCAUGCAUCGCAUCUGCCCACCUGAUCUCGUC